CAGCAGAGGAAGUGGACAGGUUGAAACUCCACUUGGUUUCCAUGGUGAGGGUUUGAUGGAGUAAAUCCUAUCAAGGCCCAGCGACCAGUGGUCGGGUCAGGACCAAACUGGAGAACAACUGGUCCAUCUCUGUCUGGACGUCUGGAGAACAGCGCCCCCCGCUGGCAGUUGGUGACCUUCAGACUUGAACAUGCUGCUCAUCUCAUAGGUGGAUCAGCUCCUCCUCAGAGCCCCGCCCACAUGGAUGACGCUGGCAGGAGUUCAUCCGGUAAUCUGUGAGUUGUCGGUUUGAGUCCUGGCUCCGUCCGUCUCCAUCUUCUCCCACCUUGGCUGCCCAGCGGUCCUGGCAGACGCCCAGGGCAGCUAUGGCUGCCAUCCAGUAGCUCUCCACCACCUCUACAGGUCGAAGGUUCCCUGUGACCCAGUUCUUGACGGGUCCAUGUUCUCAUAUCAGUGGUGGGAAGCAGAAAAUCCAGGAGUCUGGAAACCUCAGAGCUGCUGGUUCUGAUCCGAGCCGCUUCCCGUUUCCCUCCACAAACCGUCAGAAGGUGUCGACUCGUUCCGGUCCAAUCAGAACCAGAGCAGAGCAGAGAUAAAGCUGCAGGUUCUGGAUCGGUGCAGCGUAAAGCGCUGUGGAGUCGUCUGGACUCGGUAAGCCUCAUAAAGGCCGUGUGCCGUCUACCUGGACGUUGUCCAGACACCUGAAGCAUGGCCGCUCCUCUGCAGCUGAUCCUAACAUCUGGAGCCAAGAGGCUCAGAUCCAGGAUGAGCUGAUCUAUGAAAGCAGAAUCCAGGUGUGUGUUGACAGAGUGGACAGACAUCCACUGACUCAAAGCAGCAGCUGCUCGUCCAGCUGGGAACAGUUCAAGGUCAUCUGAAGUUGGAUGUUCAGCAUGAAGGAGUGAGAAUGUUGGUUCCUUCAGCAGGAACAGGAACCAGGGAAGUUUCAGGAGGAAACUCUGGUCAUGGGCAGCUGACGGUCAGAGACUGACAGCAGUUCUCUUCAGGACGACUUCCUGUUACUCCUGAGGUCAAAGCGUCAAACUGUCCCUGCACACUGCUGGCAGACAGAAGGCCCAGUCCUGAAACUCCAGCAGCUUUGGGUCCAAAAGUCGUCCUUAGGUUUCUGCUGGUGCAUCCAGGACCGAUGCCUGGAGGUGGAAUAAACUUUGACCCGGAAAGAAACUUGGAGUUAAACCCAGCAGUGGACUGGAGUCACAAUCCGCUGAGCAGAGCAAUAAAACACGACACUUGAAGAGACGUUGCUGCUGGGUUAGUCUGAACGAGACGUUGACUGACCUUCAACCCCCCCAGGUUCAGAAACCACCAGAUUUAGUGAACAGAAGACCUUCACUCUGCAGCCAACAGAUCCAGGGUCAGGCUAACCAGCAGAACCAGCAUUAGAGCGACCCACCAGGGGGCGCCACACUAAACUCUGUAAAGCGAAGCAUCAGCCGAUGGAUCAGGCAAACGAGAAACAGGCAGCACCAUGGACGGCUGCCGGGCGGCUGCAGCCGGAGCUCUCCGCCUCGCAGCGCUCUCCACCCGGACCCAAAGGCUGCUGCGGCCCGGAACCAGAACCGGAGCCCCGGUCUGGACUCGGAGGAGCCUGAACGAACCGGCGGCCGCUGAGCCGCGGAGGCUGAAGAGCGCCGCGGAGCUUCCGGGACCCAGUUGGUUCACCACUCUGUACUGGCUGUUCAUCAGGGGCUACGGAACCAGAGGACACCUGCUGCAGUGCCUCCAGAAGCAGCGGUACGGCCCCAUCUGGCGGUCCCAGUUCGGUCCGUUCCAGCUGGUGAACGUGGCGUGUCCGCGGCUCAUCGCCCAGGUGAUCCGGCAGGAGGGCCAGUACCCGGUCCGGGUCGAGCUGCCGCACUGGAAGGAGUACCGGGACCUGAGGGGCCAGGCGUACGGCCUGCAUGUGGACUCUGGGCCGGAGUGGCACCGGAUCCGCAGCGUCCUGAACCCCAAGAUGCUGCGACCCAGUGAGGUGUCGUCCUUCGCCCCAGUGGUCCAGACCGUGGUGGACGACCUGCUGGUCCGGCUGGAGCUGCUGCGCCGCCGCAGCCCCGACGGCGCCACCGUGCCCGACCUGGCCGCCGAGCUGUACAAGUUCGGCUUUGAAGGUAUUUCUGCCGUCCUGUUCGAGACGCGCCUCGGCUGCCUGCGGGAGGAAAUCCCUGCCGACACGCUGCGCUUCAUCGCCGCCGUCAACGACAUGCUGACGCUGUCCGACCAGGUGGUGCUGCUGCCGCGCUGGAGCCGCAGGCUCCUCCCCUUCUGGGGACGCUUCGUCCAGGCCUGGGACGACCUCUACGGCGUAGCUCAGAAGCUGGUGGACAGGCGCAUGGCGGAGCUGGCGGCGCAGCCUGGCGGCGGCGGCGGCGAGGGAAUGUUCCUGACGUACCUGCUGUCGUCUGACAGGCUGAGCAGAGGCGAGGUUUACAUCAGCGUGACGGAGCUGAUGCUGGGCGGCGUGGACACGACGUCCAACACUCUGUCCUGGGCUCUGUACCACCUGGCCCGGGACCGACCCGCCCAGAGCCGCCUGCAGGCCGAGGUGGACGCCGUCUGCCCCGACCGCCAGCCGCCCACCACGCAGCACCUGGCCAGGAUGCCCUACCUGAGGGCCGUCGUCAAGGAGACGCUGCGCUUGUAUCCGGUGGUGCCUGGAAACGGACGGCUGGUGUCGGAGAACGAGGUGGUGGUGGACGAGUUCUGGUUCCCUAAGAAGGUAGAAGGAAGAGCUGCAGCGUCCGUCCGUCUGUCCGUCCGUCUGUCCGUCCGUCCGUCCUCACCGUCUCUCUGUCCCCUGCAGACUCUGUUCCACCUGUGUCACUACGCUGCGUCCCACGAUGAGGCGGAGUUCGCGGCGCCUGAGGAGUUCCUGCCGCAGCGCUGGCUGCAGCAGGAAUCUCCCAGCAGCCAUAGCGACAGAGCCACGCCCGGUUUCUACCGCCAUCAUCCUUACAGCUUCAUCCCGUUUGGCGUCGGCGUGAGAGGCUGUGUGGGCAAGAGGCUGGCAGAGAUGGAGAUGCACCUGGCUCUGUCCAGGCUGAUGCAGCACUACGACGUUCAUCCUGAAGUGGGCUCUCCUCUCGUUGAGCCUAAGACCAGAACCCUCCUGAUUCCAUCCAGACCCAUCAACCUGCGCUUCCUCCCCCGAGCCUGAAGGUGGCAGCACUCACUCUCUUCCUGCUUUCUGAAAGUGUUUACAGCGUCUUCAUGUUCUGCAGUCAGUCUCAUCAGGAAGUAGAAAAUCACUCAACAGAUUCAUCAAGUUGAUGUUCAGGAAGAUAAAAACAUUAAAUUAGUUUUUGGUUCAGUUUAUAAUACUUUAGCAGGGCGUGUUAGUCGUUAUAGCGCCCCCUGAAGGUCAACUAUCACCAGAUUCACCUGCUGGAGGUCAUUACAGCACAGAUUUUAAAUAAAGUUAUACAAA